GCAGUAACUCUAGAAGAGCUACAGGCGGAGUUAUUGAGAUCAUACAGUUCAAGGAUAUAUGACAUUGAUAGAUGCGACUUCAUAUCCGAACCAGUGAUCAAUUUAACCAGUGGUUUUUACAAAUUAUAUAUAAUCUGUUUAAUAAGUUCCCUGUGAUGUUUUCGUUAGUUCACUAAGAUCUGCUUUGGUUGAAACGAUUUGGUGUAACGAACGAUUUCGUCACAUUUAUAUGAUAAUUGAGGAAUUAUGGCUGGUUGGUUUAAUCACUGAAAUCUCAAUUAUUAUUCGAGUUACUCUUCAUUUGAGCAAGUGCAGUCGUAUUCAUUCUUUACAUAGUAAUAUCUAUUGUCAAUGUAGAUUGUGGCAACGGUGUCGCGGUAUAAGUUGUUAUUACCUCAGCUCCUAAAUGCUCGGAUACGGCAUAGAGUGAGGAGAGUCCGCUUUCCCUCUCGAAAUGCUAUCACGUGGCCACGUGUUUACAACCACUUCCAAGGAAGCCCUAGUCACUACUUUGCCACGGCGGGGUGUCGUUUACGAAAUUGAGAGGACGAUAAAUGAAUGUCUGGCGCUUUAACCUGGUUGGUGUAUAUGGCGAAUCCAUCUAUGGGAGUUGGAAAACCCUGAUUCUAAACCAUUGGUGCACAUGGGCUCCAGAAUCCUAAGGAAACAAAUGGAGUAUGAACUUAUUAUUGGUCACCAACUACUAUGGGACUGCAUCUCCUGACUUUGCUCCACUGCCUUGUGGAUCAGACCUUCAGGUCAAAAGUUCCGGGUGUGGCCAUUUAAGAAAACCAUCUGGUUCGGUUCGGGCACCCGGGCUGUAUCCCAGCCCUCACACAAAUGAAAUGAUUUCCGUGGCGUAUAUCUGUUCAUUGCCUUUUUGUACCAAUGCUUAUGUGUUGAAAUAAAUAAAUAAAUAUUACAUCAGUACAUAGAGGCGAAAUCAGUUAUAUAUGGCAACCAAAGGAAAGGAGAUAAUGUAAACUGUAGUGGAAAUACAAACAUAAAAAAACAGUACAAAAUAAAAAAGGACUUACUGAUGCCUGUUACCAACUUUGUCCUGAGUUCUUUUUUCCUGUUGUUGUCACGUGCUACUCACUAUUUCUGCUCCCGAUUUCCAGUGCAUUGUAUUCUUCGGUUGAAUAUGAAUACAGUGGUCUUGAGUCGUGUUAGAGGUAUGAGGACGGUUAUCACUUCCCGGUUGCCCACACCGUAGAAGGGUUCUUCUGGAGGUACCUGAAGAGGAAAUCGGAUUAGAGGUGGUCUAAGUGACCUGAGAGCGCGACCGCAGUGCCCAAGGGACAACUGCUUGAGGUCGGUUACACGACUUUUUAUGCGUAAUUUUUGUGUUAGCUCCGUACUUGUUGAGACCUUACCACCGGAGACGGAUAUCUGUGGGAUAAGGCGAGGUGUGCAUUUUUAGAGUCGGCCUUUUCCAACCCCACCACCCUCGUGAGGAGACAGCACCGCUGUCAUGCUGGUUGUCUGAAGGAAACACCUUACUGCUGUCACACCUCUGUACAGUCAGCAGUACGACUUCGCCUUCGGACCUUGGGUUUGUUGCUUUUAGUCUUACCGCUCUUCAAUCGACCUGUCUGCCAUGGUAAGACCUUGAGGAACGGUUGUUCCAGCCAGUAUAGCUCGGUUGGUUCAUCACGAUAGGCAAGCCCGACCACCACGUAAAAGUAGAAACAACGGUCCCACGUUGUAGCUGACUGACUCUAUUCUUCGGUCUCCCCAUUUUUUCUUUUUGCUUGAGAGCUCCAAGUUAGGGAUUCCUUGUGAUGUAGUUUGAUGAUUUCCGCCCACUCACUGUCUUCACCUACGUUUUGGCUCUGUGUGGUAUAGAAUAGUUAGGUCAUCCGCAAAGUCCAAAUUGUGUAACUGGAUCCAAACUGUCCACUGUAUUGCGUGCUUUCCCUGAGACGUGGAGGUGUUCAUAAUCCAGUCAACUAUCAGAAGAAACAGAAAAGACGAGAGUGCGCAACCUUGUCUGACACUAGUCUUUGCUUGAAAUGCAUCUGUGAGCUCUGUAAUGAGUUUAGUCUCAUAGAAGCUCUGUAUGAUGAUGACGAUUAUCUCAGAAACACAAUGAUAUCGUAGAAGGUUUCAUAAAGUUCUACUUUCAACUCUAUCAAAUGAUUUCACAUAGUCGAGAGAGUUGAUUUAGUGAUGAGUUGGAUUCAUUUAAUUGUCUUGUGUUGAUUUAAUGUCGUUUAUUUGUUUACUCUGAAGAAGUGGUUUAUAUUAGCUCACGAAACGUCAGAAAUACAAUUUUUCUACUCAUUGAGAUAUAGCAAAAAUAUAUUUAUUAUUAACUCUAUACUCACUGCUCAAUUUAUUUGAAACUAUCAAGUUGAACCUUGGUAUUGAUGCCAACAAUUAUCUAUAGUGUCGCGGUUUUGUCGGUAUACGACCGAUCCUUUCGAAAACCAACAUAUUUAUUUCGAAUUUGGGCGUUCACUUUCCUUUAAACUGAUAGUAGUGUGUUGCCUCUGUAGUUCUCACUGUUGCUGGGAUCGUUCAUUGUUACUUUGAUGAGGUGUCCUUCUUUCCAGAAAAAAAUAGGAGCAAUAAAUGGGAUGACUUGAAUUAUCCUUAUCUCAACAUUCAAAGCUAUAAAUAAUGAUUGCAACUCUCAUUAUCAUACAACCAGAUCCCUUGAAAAAUUUAAACAGAGCAAUAAAAACAAGGUCAUUGGCACUUGCCAGACACACAUUCGUGUACUUGGUCUUUGAGCGACACGUUCUAAGUGUGAAGGCAAGUGGUAAUACCUGAUUGCCCAAAUUGAAGUAAUAAAAGCUGUAUUUAAAUCUGAGACUGAGCGACUGAAAAUCAAACUCUAACCAGUAAACUACCUCUUCGUGAUUGCAACUGUGGCUUGUUCAACUGACUCUAGGUUGUCACCCAAUAUUCGCAAUCAUAAGACAUUAUUACAACCGUGAACAUCAACCACACAAUUUUACACUUAAUGAUAUGGCUUAAAUGAGCAACUGGUAAGUUCAUGGAUCGAUGCCAUAUUUUUAUUUGGUCGUUAUCAGUUAAUAAUUAACAAUUAGCGAAUAUUUUUUCCUAAAUUUUUGUUUAGGUCACUUGUUAUCGGCUGCUGCUUUUUGCGCUGUUGGAUGUUACAUUCGUAUAUAUCCAGGAUAUUUAAUGUUUCCAGUUUUAGCUGCUGCUUACAAUUUUCCAAGUAAAUCGAAAGGAAUAAUUUCUCGUCUAUCUAAUCUCCUCCCAUUAUUGGUUACUUUCAUUGGAAGUUAUUCAAUUUUAUUAUGGAUUAGUUAUAUUGUAGAAAAUCAUGAUUGGAGUUUUUUAACAUCAGUUUAUUGGAAUACGUAAGUAUUAAAUUCUGUAUAAUUUCUUUUGAUUAUUCACAAACAUAUUGGGGUUUGAAUAGAUUUUAUAUUGUUCUGUUGUCAACCUUUCGGUAAAUGGUUAUGAUAGUCAAUUUUUGUUAAUUUAUAUCUAUCCUAUGAGGAUAUAUUUCUACUGCACAAGAUUUACAUAUAUAUAUUUUUGAGGGAUAAUGUGUUGGUAUUUGAGGUGAAUUGGACUGUGACCGUUAAUACUUAAAUGUAGGUACAUUUGGUUGAUGAGUUCUAAGUAGGACAAGUGCAUAUACUAAUUUCAAUGCAAUCAACGACUAGAAAUUAUAUCAAAGACUGUUUCAAGAUAUUUUUUUUCUUACCGUAUUUGUUAUAUAUACUGUUCGGAGCCCUCGAGAAUUCUCUCAUAAACUAGGAAAAGAGUAGAAAUAUUCCAACCAGUCAAUAUUCUAUGGAAACUUUGUAGAAAGUUUUAGAAAACGAUUUGUAUACCCUAGUUGAGCAAUUACCUAUUUUAUUGUUAAUUUUAAUAUGUGUUCAGAAGCUCCUAGGAUAUCAAGGUCACACAUAAGCUUGUCAAUAUCCUUGUUUUCUGUGGCCCAAACUAACAUUGGAAGUUAAGCUUCUUUUUAUACUUCAGGUCUCUAUAUUUUAUUCAGGGCUCAGGUUUAGGAGUUUUAUGGGGUUGAUAAGCAGUUAGGAAAUUAUUGGUAAGCGUCUUAGUACCAGAUGUUUCAUACACCAGCUAAAUGUUCCGUUUUUAACUUCUUUAUAUGUAAUUCAGUAACCAAGUGCAGACCUUUGGAUAACUUUUAUCCUACAUUGAAUGUUAGUAAUUCUAUGGUGAAAAAGAACUCAAAUGGAGACAACCAAUUGAUUGCUUGGGGCAAAAUUACAGAGUUCUUUCGUAAAAUGUGAAAACCGUACAUAAAAUACUUCAUUUGCGAAUCUCCCAUCAGUUGUUGUUUACAUCCUUCAUGAUUUUUCCAAUUGUCGAUUCCUUUAUAUUUCCCUCCCUAUUUUCUCCGGUUCAAUCUUCUUAACCUUGUUUUGACAGGCAUUCCACGUCCGAUUGGUGUUACAUACUACUUAUUUCUGUCGACAUAUUUAGCACUGAUAUGAUCCAAUAAAAAGUCAAAAUUAGAUUGUUCUACUCAUCAUGAUUUUUGUUCAACAGUACUUCCGUUUGCAUUAAAUGUGAUAACCUAGUGUAGUGUUUUUUUUCCCGUAUGAUAUUUUAUUCUGUAUAAUAUACGAUAUUGUUUUAUUAAAUUAACAUGAACUAGGCUCAGCAUGACAUGCAACAUAUUAUUUGUUAUAACGCUAAGUACUUUUCAUGUAAGUAAUUUCAUCCUAAUUAAUAACCAAAUGAGUUUACAAUGGAUAUAUAUCUAUUGAGUAUACUUUCGACUAGGAUCGUCGUCGUGUUUUGGUGGUAAUAAAUCCUAACUUGUACCAGUCUUAGAGUUCUUACUUUGCGUCGUGAGAAUUGCAAUGGUUCCUCGUUUUGCAAGUAGAAUAAUAAGCGAUUCCGAAAUAACAAUUGGCGAUGCAGUCAACAGUCGACCACCAGUCACAACUAGCACUCACCACAGUACUACCAAAUUACCCAAGCCGAAUUAGAUGACCCAAGCUUCAAAGCUGUAGUCUAGUGGCUGAUAGUUACGUACCUUGACCAUCAAGCUAACGCUCAUUAAAACUAUAUGAUACUCCCGCUCUCUCAUAUACACAAGAACAGAUAAAAAUAUCUUACAACGAUCAUUACUUGUGUUCUGAUUGUUGAUUGAAGAUCAAGGAACUGUAGGUAUCUGGACUGUAGCUACUAACUUGAUGUGGUCGUCGUACUUGCCUGUCAUGAUGACUCAAACGAACUAUAUUAGGUAGAAUACGUGUACCUUUAGGUUGAACCAUUCUAGAUAGGUCGUUUGGAGAACAGUAAGGCUAAAAGCACCAACCUAAUGUCCGACGGAGAAGUCGUACUACUGACUGAACUGUGGUGUGAUAGUAGAAAGGCGUUCUACUUGAGCAACUAGCAUUUACAGCUAUGCUCUCAUAUCACAAAGGGGUUAGAAAAGAUCGAAUGAAAGCAUGUCACAUCUCACCUUACCCCGCUGAUAUCCGUCCUGGACGGUCAGAUCUUUCAACGAUCAUUAUUUUUAUUCUGAUUGGGGAUUCAAGAUCAUGAAGUUGUGUAUAGUCUUAAGCAGUUGUCCCUAGGGCUCUGCAGUCAAACUUCCAAGUCACCAAGACCACCACUACCUCAGUAUCCUCAGAAGGUUCCUUAAGAAGAAAUUUCCUUCUACGGUGUGGAAAACUAAGAAGUGACAAUCGGGCUAUUACCUCUAAUCAACAGUCAAGAUAAUCUUGAGGGGCUAGCAUUUUGAACGUUCCUAUAUCAGUAUAAAUCGUUGGACACCGCGCAUCAUAACGAAUUAUCGUUGACUUGUUAAAUCAUGUUAUUAAUGAUGUAAAUUCAUUGUUAGCUGAUAUUCCACUUUCUUUUUAGUAUCAUUGUAGCUGAUUGUACACCUCAAAUGGGUAUCUUUUGGUACAUGUUUGUUGAAAUGUUUGAUCAUUUCAGUGAGUUUUUCACAUGGGUUUUCCAACUACUUAUUUUCAGCAUAGUAGUUGGCUUGACAAUUAAAUUCAAGUAGGUGAAUAUAUUUCGUUUUGAAAUAACAAUAAUAAUCGUAAUGAAUCUGUAAUAUCUUGUUGUUAUAAUUUUAUAAAAGAGUUUUCCUAUUUCGGCCCAUAAUCCAAUCGUUGCUUUCUUACUAGUAAAUAAAAUCUAAUUGUAUUGACAACCAAGUUAUGAUAAACGUGGUUUCGUUAAAUGUUUGAUUCAUUACUUGUUAUGUGUGGCGACGGGGUGAAAAAAAUUCUGAACCUUCAAUCUUCAAAUUAACGAAUCAAGGUCAGCCUGUAAUUGGACAAAAUUCAGUGUAAUUAUUUCGAGCAAUCAGCAUGAAAAAUUCUCGCCGGUGUCAUUCAACGACAUUGAUUGUUAAUUAGUCAUACAGUGAGUGGUUCGGUGAACGCUAAGUAGUUGAACAUUUUUCUAUGAUCGACUACAGCCUCUCAUAAAACUGAUGUUCAUGAUCUCCACUUCUUUUAUUGGUCGACUCACAGCAGUGCAUAACAUUCAUUGUGGUCCUAUCCUUUUUUGUGAAGGAUUGUUUGAUGGUCUUCGGUGCAUGAGAUUCAUAUACCAUUGGCGCUUUUCGUGCGUCUUUGCAGAGGAUCAGGACAACCACUCGCAUUUAUAGAUAUUUCCAUUACUAAAAUGCAAUAGGACGUCUCCCGAAGUUAAUCUUUUCUGUCCAGCUUUGCUCCGAUGUGUUUUACUUAUUCCAAGCAUCACCUGGUUGUAUUCAAUUAUCAAUCAGAAUACUAUAUGAACAAUCAAGUAGUAUUACUAGGCGUUCACACAAGAAAAGUAUGACUGGCUUUAAGUGGAAUGUAUUAACUUGUGCUUGAUAAAGGAAUUUGAAAACGACUCAAAUUUUUAAAAAAAAUAUUUGUCACAAUGGGACAUUGAUUAAGAUCAGUUGCAGAUCCAUUAAAAGCCAUCUAUGAGGACCAACGUCGGAUUUUCAUUAACAAGAAUCUAUGUUUGUCGCAAUUCAACUGUCAAAUAUCAUAUAACUGGACCUAAAUAAAAUGGUUUUUCAAUAUCUCGAAGAAAAACACUUUUCAAGUACCAGCUUCAGUUGUUAUAAAAAGCACUAAAAUAUUAAAUAGGGAUAGUGGAAAGCUGUAGUUUUCCUGUUUUUGACAAUAUAUACUCAUGAAUUUUUCAGUUUACGGUCAAGACAUACUACUGUCAAAUUUAAUUAAUGUUUAUUAAGACUAUUUGAUUUUAUCUGAAAUCAAUUUUCGUAAUUAUUGUUCAUAUGCUCCCAUUCUUUAUAUCUCUAUUUAUGCUAAUUAGUCGAAAUCCAUUAUAUACAUGCCUUGUUAUAUCAUUUGUUAUCAAUGUAUUACAACCAUAUCACAAUAUUGGAGAACUUGGCCUCUUAAUAUCUAUCCUACCAAUGUGGAGUCAUCUGUUAAAUCAAACUCGAAUGAUGUUUAUUUCGGCGUGUUGCUUGUUGACUGCAUUGUUUCUUAGUCCAUUAUUUCAUUAUAUUUGGUUGCAACCGGGUACUGGAAAUGCGAAUUUCUAUUUCGCUGCAUCGUUGGUGCAUGCAUUUGGACAGGUUGUCCUUAUUACAGAUUUAUUAAAUGCCUAUGGAAAAUAUGAAUUUUUUUUACGUUAUGGUUCCAACCUUCGAUUGAGUACUGGUGAAAAGUUAAAAUUAGUUCAAGAAUAAAAAGGAAAAAAAAAUUUUUUUUCUUCUUUUUGAGAAAAAAGUAACAAAAAAUCAAAGUGUCAAAACUAAAAGUACCACAAGAAGAAAAUAAUUCAUGAAUAUAAAGGAGGGAGGUGGGGGUGGGAAAGGAGAGUUUCCCCUCCCCCCUAUAAACUAAUAUUUCCCUCACAAUUUUCAUUUAAUUCUCAUUUAUUUUUUUGGCAAUUUUAUUGAAAAUAAUCGUUUUUUUGUUUUUAUUGUUGUUAUAUAUAUGAUGUUGCUUGUGUAGUAGGUUACAUCAUUAAACUAUGUAAAUGUGCCUGUAAUACAAAUUUAUGUGAUAAUCAUUUUAACAAUAUAUGUAUUUGGAAAAAAAUCAUCUCAAUGUUUUGUAUUCUUGUCAACAGUAAUAAUAGUAGUGUAUGAAUGUGUGUUUGUGUGUGUGUGUAUGUGUGAGAUUUAUUAUUUCGUUUAAUAUUUUGUCAAUUUUGUUUAUUUAUUUUUAUUUAAACACAUAAAUAGAGUGGUACAAGGGGGGGCACCAAAUAUAUUUGGGUCACACUACGUCAUUCUAUUUGUGUGAGGGGUGAGAUACUGCUAGGGCGCCUAAAUCGAAGAUGAUUUUCUUAGAGGGCUACUACUCCCCGAAGCUUUGAUCUAGAGGUUUAAUCCAUAAGGCGUUAGAAGAUACAGUCCCAUGGUAUCCGGUGACCAAUGAUUGGUUCCCUCAAGAUCCUGGAUCCCAUGUGCCACCAUUGGUUUGGAAUCCGAGUAUUCCAAGUCCCUUAGAUAGAUUUUCUAUAUCCACCAACCCGGUGAAUAUUGUAAAACACUCCAUCCUCGAGAAGGUAAUGAGUAAGACUUCCCUGACAGUAAUUGCAUACACGUGGUCAUUUUACUUUAGCACGUAUGUUUUAAUGUGUUCAACGCAAGACUUUCUUCGACAAGGUUCGAUUACUAAGGUCAUAUAUGUACACUGUUGAUAUGUUCUGUACUAUAAUGAAACAACAGCUGUUCAGUGUCCACUAGUUUUCAGUGUUACUACAACUAAGAUCAAUUUUUGGAUGUAUGCAACCCACUUAUCGGCUUUUAUUACAUAAUAAAGUUAUCGCAUAUAUUACUCGGUUUGUCUAAUCUGCAGAAUAAGUGUAACAGUGUUUUAAACUACAAUCUAUUUAUUAAUUAAAAGGCAUAUGUUGAAAAUUGUUCGAAUUAUUUCACCAGUUUUAAAGUAAGUCUUCUUGAAAUUGUAACAAAAUGUCUUGAUUCGUGAAGUUGUAUUAAUGAUCCUACUAGAUACAGGUUGGUGUACUUAUCUUUGAGGUACAUUUUACAUGUGUGAUAUUGAUACUAUUCGGUUGCUCAAACCGGAUGUUAAGAGAAGUGGAGUUUGUUUAUAUCACUUAGUGACUAAAAGUUUAGACUCUUAAUCACUGAGUUACUGCUUCAUGUAUUUAACCUAUGUGUCAUAGUAAUUUACUGAUGGCCUUAGUUGAGGAUAGUACUUAUUAUUACAAUAUGACUGAAAAUAUCAUAGUAUUUUGUGAUCACAUUAGAAAUUAUGAGCUUAGUGUGUAAUGAACGAACACAGGUUGGGAAGACCAAUUUAUUGUUCAAUGCAUAAUCACGCAAUGGUUUAUUAUAAUGUGAAAAUCAUACAUCAUUUGCAUAUCUUCUUUGAAUUGUCUCUUAAAAGCUUCAUUGUUGCUUCAUUCUUGUUGUUAUCUUGAUUGCUUUCAGUUUUCUCCUCUCUUCUCUUUAUUUCAAUCUACUCAAUCUUUUACUGCCAUGCAUUUCACUUCUGAUAAGUGUUACAUACUACUUAUAUCUAUCGACAUAAGUAGCAUACACCAAAAGUCCAUUUUGAGGUGAUUACUGAAAUUAUAUUAACUAAAUUCGUUUGAUUUGUUCAUCAGUUCAAACGAUCAUGUAUAUUAACUAACUGGUAUUACACGUUAGGUUUAUUUUCAGUAUUUCUUUUUCCAAGUAUAGAAGGAAAUGAUGAUCAUCUACAUCAUUGAAAGUUCUGUCUUUGUUUUCAUAAGUGUUUUAAAAUUAAUUGUUCAUGUUGAUCUAUCUCUUCACUAAUCAGUUAGUACGUUUAAUUGAAUGGUCAGAUAUAAUAUAUUUUUAGUUAUUAAUAACAAUCUACUGAAUUAUUUUAACCAAAGAUAAUUAUACAGCCGUCUCUUCCUAAAUAGUUCAUUCGGAUGACCAUAUAAAGAAUUUCCAGGUUUCAACAUUCUCUACAAAUACCUUCAUAUUCCAAUUAAAUUUAAUUGGUU